GCUUCCAAAUGCUACUUUCCGAAUAAUUACAGUUUAGAAGAAAAAAAAACGAGCGGUAAACAAAAAUGCGACUUGCCUCGACGCUCUAUAGUGACGACUUUCGAAAGUUUGAAGAGCAAGGGUCCCAACCAGCACACUGGAAACGUGCAGCUAUUCUUCGGUACGCAGUAUCACGUUUCGCUUCUGAGAGGAAAGAAAUAUGUUGGCUCGUUCGCAAUUGAUGCACAAGCGCAGUUCAUUAUUCAUCGGUUGUCUCGUGAUUGCGUUACUCGUUAAUGAAUCUUUUGGACAAGACAUAAUAUUUACCGAUGAAAAUGGUGCAGCGGUACAUCGUCGAAAUCAUGCAACGACCGAAGAAUCUGUAACGACUGCAAGUAGAUCGACCGCAAAGGCACCGAUGCCAACGGAAGAGUGCGGUCAAAACAUGGUUUUGGAUGACGACAAUGGGACAAGGCCGGAGAUUUGCGAGUGUCUCGCGGGUUACGUGUAUCACCUCGAGUCCGAUCAGUGUUAUUCCACAUAUAAGCAAGGACCGUGCGAACAUGGCUAUUAUUUUGUUCUCCAAGCAAACGAGACCGUGGCAAAAUGUAUACCGAAUCCUUGUACGAACGACAACGAGGUACCGUACGAGGGAUCUUGUUACCCUUUGCUGUCGUCGAGUGGACCUUGCCCCGAAGAUUUAAGCUUGGUUAUUUCGGAAACAACGUACGAACCCGUUUGCGAAGCAAUACGAGCCGUUUCCUAUCAUAUUAUAAUGGUGCCUCCGAAGGGUUGCGCUCCCGGAACGAGGAGAGCAGGAAGAAAUUUGUGCCGCACAAUACUCAAUCCUAAAAUUAAUAACGAUUGAAUAUACUAGGCACUGUAGAAUUUUUAUUUGUAUACAAGUGAAAAUAUAUUCGCUUCCUGUUUAUUA